AUGCAGACGGUGAGGGAAGGAGCACAAGGAGCAGGCAGCGCACGUGUCAUCUCCCGUGUCUCUCCCGUUCCUCUCCCGUGCGUGUCUCUCCCGUUCCUCUCCCGUGCGUGUCUCUCCCGUUCCUCUCCCGUGCGUGUCUCUCCCGUUCCUCUCCCGUGCGUGUCUCUCCCGUUCCUCUCCCGUGCGUGUCUCUCCCGUUCCUCUCCCGUGCGUGUCUCUCCCGUUCCUCUCCCGUGCGUGUCUUUCCCGUUCCUCUCCCGUGCGUGUCUUUCCCGUUCCUCUCCCGUGCGUGUCUUUCCCGUUCCUCUCCCGUGCGUGUCUUUCCCGUUCCUCUCCCGUGCGUGUCUUUCCCGUUCCUCUCCCGUGCGUGUCUCCCGUUCCUCUCCCGUGCGUGUCUUUCCCGUUCCUCUCCCGUGCGUGUCUCCCGUUCCUCUCCCGUGCGUGUCUCUCCCGUUCCUCUCCCGUGUCUCUCUUUCGUUUCUUUCCAAGACUCUCCCGUGCCCUCAAUUUCGCCCCCUCGUAUCUCCCACCCACAGGCAACGAACCAGCCCUCCCCAAGGGCUGUUUGUGACGAGCAAAAGGCGGCCCCACCUCACCCCAAUGCAGCUGCAGGUGCAUGCAGCAGGCGGGCAGGCCAUGGGAUGGAAGCUGCCCCUUGUGCUUCUCGCUGGCCGGCGGGCCAUGGGAUGGAAGCUGCCCUGGCAGUGUCCUUUGCGAGAAGCGCAAGGGGCAGGCAGCAUGCGCGCCCAUCUCAACUCCCAUGCCCCCCGCUUCUCCCGUUUCUCUUGCUCCCCUCCCUUCCACAGGUCCCGAACCGGCCCUCCCCAGGUCCCAAACCGGCCCUCCCCAGGGGCAGUGGUGACGAUCAGGCGGGCCCACCUCACCCCGAUGCAGCUGCAGGCGCAGCAGGCCAUGCGAGCCUUGGAGGCAGCAGAGGCAGAGUGGCGCCGGGAGGAGCAGCAGCGCGAGCAGGCAGCGCAUUGGGAGAGGGAGAAGCAGCGGAGAGAGAAGGAGCGGGAGAGGGAGCUUGAGCGGCGGCAGCAGCUUCUGGGGGAGAUCGGGGUGGAGCACGAUUGCUGGCCGUCGGAUUUCCUCCGGAAGAGGAUGCAGAGCCAUCAGAUCGCGGCGUUCCGGUUCAUCUGGCAUCACCUGGUGGCUGGGGGCGGGGGGAGGCCAGGGGAAGGGCGAGGGGGGGCAGGGGGGGGAGGAGAAGGGAAAUCAGAGGAGAGGGAAGUAGGGGGGUGCAUCUUGGCGCAUGCGCCUGGCACGGGCAAGACACUCACCACCAUCGCCUUCAUCGAGAAGCUUCUCUCGCUGCACCACCACAGCCGCGAUCGCCCUUCUUUGCAGCCAGGGCAUCUCAGCGGCGGCAGCGCAAGCGGCAAUAUAAGCAGUGCAAUCAACGGUGCAAGCGGCACCCCGCCGCGCAUCCUGAUAGUGACGGAGCUCUCCAUAGUGGACUCGUGGUGGAGCGAGUUCCACAAGUGGAUCACCACCCGCUCCCAGCGCGCCGCCAUCCCCUCCCUCAAAGUCCUUGAGGGCGGGGCCGCAGGGGUCAUUCGAGAAGCAGAGAAGGUGGCCAAGGCGUGGGCUGCUAAGGGAGGCGUGCUGAUCGCGACUUAUGGGUUCCUGGAGGGGGUGAUUGAGAAGCGGGGGGUGGGGGUGAAGGCCUUGGAUCGCCUGCACACGCGAAGGAGGGUGCUGCUGACAGGCACGCCGCUGCAGAACUCGACUCCCGAGCUCUGGGACCUGGCGUGCUUCUUGCACCGCCCCCGCAUGCAUUCACCAGGCACACCGCUACCUGCGUGCUGUUUCAUCUGUUGCCACGCCCUUCAAUUGCCGCUUCUUCAUUCCUCCCCUUCCCCUUCUUUGGUCUCUUUUUCUCCCAACUCCCCUCCUUACCAGGCCUUGGACCGGCUGCACACUCGGAGGAGGGUGCUGCUGACAGGCACGCCGCUGCAGAACUCCACUCUAGAGCUGUGGGACCUGGCAUGCUUCGUGCACCGCCCCCGCAUGCACCGCGCUGUGCUGGGGAUGGGGGUGGGGGGAGUGGAGGGCGGAGGGAAGGGUAGGAGGAGCGUGCAAAAGAGGGGGAGCGAGGAGGAAAGUGGAGGCGAAGGGGAGGACGCGGUAGGGAUGGAGGAGGAUGAUGAUAGCGGUGAGGGGGAGGAGGAGGAGGAAGAGGAAGAGGAGGAGGAGGAGGAGGAGGAGGAGGAGGAGGAGGAGGAGGAGGAGGAGGAGGAGGAGGAGGAGGAGGAGGAGGAAGAGGAUGAGAUGGAGGAGGGGGCGGAGGAGUUCCCGUUGGCAAAGGUGCAGCGGCUGAAGGCACUCAUGUUCGACCUCGUGCAGACCGAUGGGAACGUGCUGCAGGGCAAGCUGAGAGGUACGGCUGGAGUGCUGAACCGCGGCAUCCGAGGCAUGCCGCAGGCCAUGCUCGCCAUGCGCCAAUUUCAACCACCGGCACCACCAGCAGCAGCAACAGCAGGAGCAUCAGCAGCAGCAGGAGCAGCAGGAGGGGGAGGUGGGAACUCCCCAGGUGGUAAGCCUGGUGCUCCUGCCCGUGGAAACAAAUCGGGUGACAAAUCGAGUGGCGGGGUUGCGCAGGGCGAGGUGCGGUUUCUGGAGAGCAACAGAGACGCGCUGAGCCCAGCAUGGGCGGCCAUGGAGGAGCAGCAGGCCGUGCAGCUGUCCCCCAAGCUGGCAGCAGUGGUGGCGAUCGUGCGCGCGGCGGUGCGCAUGGGCGAGAAGGUGGUGGUGUUUGCUGAGGAGCACGUUCAUCUGGACCUCGUGGUGGGGUCUCUGUGCCACGCCAUGGGCUGGGAGAGGGACGAGCAGGUACUGAGGGUGGAUGGCAGCAUGACUCAAUCACAGCGCAGCGACGCAUUCGAGCGGUUCCAGAAGGAGAAUAUGCCGCAAGCAGCGGUGAUGGUGGCGGCUGUGAAGGCGUGCGGGCUGGGCAUUGACUUCACAGCGGCCUCGCGGGUUGUCAUGCUGGACGCGCUUUGGAACCCGGCCUCUGACCAGCAGGCCAUCUCGCGGGUGUGGCGUACGGGGCAGCAGCGGCGCGUGUACGUGUAUCGGCUGCUGCUGGAGGGGAUGGGGGAGAUGUACAAGCUGCGCUGCGCUCAGGCCAAGCAGCGCCUUGCACACGUCAUCUUCCACUCCGCCACCGCUGCUGCUGGUGCUGCUGCUGAUGUUGGUGAUACUUCUAAUGCGUCUGCACCUG